CUUUAAGAUAUCUUUCUUUGUACAAAUCAUAUUGACAUUUUUAUGCCAGACGCUCUCAAAGGUUGCAGAUCCCACUAUAAUUGGAUUUGCAUUUCGUGCAAGUCUUAUGAGAAAUAGAAGCCCAUAAAAGAGAGAGUUCAGUCUUCGGGUUAAGAAGAAAGGAACAUGUGAAUAUAAGAUGCAUAGACUGAUAACUGACUGCUUUAGAUUUUCCAGCUUUCGCAUGAGAACGAUAAUCUCGAAAUUUAUACUGUUAAUAUCCAUUGCUCUUCUUUGUGGAGUAUUUUACCAUUCACCUUUUCUGGAACUAAAAGCUAUCAGUAAUAAGUACUUUUACUGGGUUCCCAGUUCUUCUCUCAAUGAUUUCUCUCUCAUAUUGAGGAGUGAUAAGUUCUUGGAGGUCCCUCAGAUAGUUUGGGGUUUAAACAAUCAGAAGAUUGCUUUAGCAAGGGCAUGCCUAACAGCUAGGAUGCUAAAUCGAACCCUUCUAAUGCCAAGCCUCAGUAAUUCUUUAUUUUAUAAGGAAACAAAUCUUUUGGAGCCUGUUUCUUUUGACAAGGUGUUUUCUUUCGACAAAUUUAAUUCACAGUGUAAUGGGUUUGUUAGGAUAGGGAGAUUCUCAGAUCUUUCUAACCAAUCUCAGCCAUUUGUGCUUAUAAAAGGUAGCGGAAGGAAGUGGACUGCAGAGAGAGAUUUGGAUCAGUUACAGAGGUGUAGAGAGAGUUCGAUUGAUGAUUAUGAAGUCAUUAAGGUAGUCGGAAAGAACCCCUUCCUUUGGCAUGAUCACUGGCCUGUGAAGGAUUAUGCCAAGGUUUUUGAAUGCUUGGUUUUAGUUGAUGAGAUAUUAGAUGAAGUUAAAAGGGUUGUAACCAAGAUCAGAGCAGUGGGUUCUAAUGGGAAAUUGAAAAGCCAGACCCCCCAAAAAAAUUAUCAUUUAAGAAAUGCUUCUUUUGAAAUGACACCUUAUGUUGCCGUUCAUAUGAGGGUGGAGAAGGACUGGAUGAUCCAUUGUAAGAAGAUGGAAGCAAGGUCGAAUAUGUCCCAUAUUUGCAGUAGUAAAGAGGAGAUUAGAGAAAGGGUGGCCAAUAUUCCUGGUCUUAGAACUCCAGUGGUGGUUUAUGUGGCAGUGGCUGAUGACCUAUUGGAAGACUCUUCUAUAUUGAGUGGUUGGAAAGAGGGUCUCUUUCCCAUUGACAAGAAGAGGCUUGGGGUAUGGGAAAUUUACAAGAAGUACCCAUAUCUUAUACAAUCUGCAAUUGACUAUGAAGUAUGUUUGGGGGCUGACAUUUUUGUGGGUAAUAGUUUUUCUACAUUUUCUGGUCUCAUAGUGCUUGAGAGAACCCAAAAAUUGAUCAAAUCUGGUAUUUCAAGAAGUUGUGACAUGGACACGAGGUGGGUCUCUUAUGCAUAUAAUAUCCAGGGUUCAUUUGGAGAACCCAAGAGAUGGAUGACAAAUAUGUCUGAUUUGAGCCUUAAUUCUAUCAGCUAUGGAUCCAAUAGCAUCUCCUGUUGAGAGAGGUUUCAAUGUAGAGAUCUCCAAGAUGAAUUUUGGUGUACACUCUGUAUUCUUUCAAUCAUUACUGUAUUCUUUCAACCCUUUGGUUUUUGGGUUUGGUGUCCCUUUCACCAUACCACAAGAUAAAAGAAAAUGCUUAUAGCAUCAAGUAUGUUUGGACUUCAGAGUCACAUAGAAAUUCUAACAUUCCUUUCAUAGUUGAUGGCAGAGUUUUCCAAUUGAGGGGAUUCACUGGUCGUGCUUGACACUCUUUAUUCUUUCAAUCAUUACUGUAUUACGUUUGAUUUUUGGGUUCGGUGUCCCUUUCACCAUACCACAAGAUAAGAAAAUGCUCAGAGCAUCAAGUAUGUUUGGACUUCGGAGUCACAUAUAGAUUUUAACAUUCAUUUCAUAGCUGAUGGCAGAGUUUUCCAAGAGGGGAUUCACUGGUCAGGCGUGAGAAUUUGUUUUACAUCACUGCAAUAAGAAAAUGAGUUUGGUGGUUUUUGUUGCUGUCUUGCUGAAAUGAAGAGGCCUUCUUAGCACAUUGAGUCAACUUCUGAAGUACUCUUUGUAAUUGAAUUCGGUGACAUGACAAUGCCCAUAUUAUUCUUUUUUGCAUAUACCCCAGUCCUCACCUUUUCUUUAAUAUGUAAUGGCAUGCCUCUUGUAUCAUGGUUUUGCACAAUGGGCAUAUAUCUUGUAAAAAGUUUCAACAUCAAUGUCCAUGGUCUUUUUCUGAUGUC